AUGUCAGUACCCACGACCUCGCUAGAGGCCAAGCUGGUCGUGCUCGGUUCUCAGAAUGUGGGCAAGACUUCGCUGGUCCACCGUUUCGUCCAUCAGACCUUUCUCCCUCCCAGCACUCCAUCAACCGUUGGCGCUUCCUUCCUGACCACGCGCGUCCACGAUCCCGAAACCGACACGGACAUACGCCUUCAGAUCUGGGAUACCGCCGGCCAGGAGCGCUUCCGCAGCAUUAGCAAGCUAUACUACCGCGGUGCACAUGCUGCCGUGCUAUGCUAUGACAUCACGAGCAAGAAGAGCUUCGAAGAGAUGGGCGUAUGGCUGCGAGAGCUGCGUGACAAGGGCGGCUGGGGCGAGACUGAAGACUUGAUCUUGCAUGUCGUAGGCACAAAGAGCGAUGUUGUCGCUGAAGACCCCUCCAAGCGUGAGGUGCCUUUCGAGCGCUGCAUCGGUUAUGUUGCUGAACAGCUCUAUCCAGACCAAGUCGUUCCGGGCAGUGCUCGUCCUUCGAGUGCCAUGCACAGCUCACCUUCGAGCAACAACAAUCUUGCCGCCAUGGCCUCACCUCACAGCAAUCGCAGCAGUGGCUUCUGGGGUCAAGAACACAUCUGGGACUGCUGCCACGAGAUCAGUGCCAAGGACGGCGAGGGCAUAGAAGAAAUGUUUCGCGUCAUCACACGCAAGCUCCUCGACCAGCAUCAGCGCAGGCUCGAUCAACAACGCACCAUCGAAGCUUCCAUGGGACGCACACCCUUUGCUGAAGGCGGCUCAAGCUACUUUGACCUCCCGAACGGCGGCACGGGCAGCUUCCGGGUCGGCCAUGGCGACAAGAGACGCAGCUGGCUAGGUUUCCCCAAUACUCCUGGUGCUGUCAGCUAUGCGUCUGAAGCCGGCGAAAGCGAAGACAACACCAACGUCAGAAAGGGACGCUGCUGUUGA